CUGAUAUGCCCAUCAACAACAACAUCAUACAAAAGUUAGUUGAGGCUGUUGACAACUUGUCUGGAAGAGUAGAAACCAUGGAUGUUAGUGUAGCUGAAAGGGUUAUUAAGACAUUGGAAGCUUCUGUACAAGCUCAGGUGGAAGCUAGAAUGGCUUUAUUUGAGACUGAGAUGAAGAACAAGAUGGCCAUAUUAGAGGAAGACAUGAAUGUUCUUAAAGGGAAGGAUGAAGAAAAAGUUACAUCCAAUGCCGGCAACUCCAAAGCACAUGAAGACGACGACGCUUGUAGCAACACGAUGUCCUGGAUGGUUCAGACAAAAAAAGGUUCAGUUGAUGGUUUACCAAUACAACGUGUCGUAAAAAAGGAGAAGAAGAUUAACAAGACGAUGCCAGGGAAAAAAGUGAAGAUAGAGAAACCCUUUUCUAUCCCACAGCUAAAUGACGAAUCCAUUUCUACAGAGGGUUGGGAAAAUCAUCUAAAAUGGCAGAAAAGUGUAAAGUGUAGAGUGGCGUUGGAAGCACUAGCUUCAAGUUUGGAGGAGCCUACACGCAAAAGAAAAACCAAGCUGACAAAGACUCAAGUUUUUCCAUACGUAGGGAAUUCAACAGUGAAGCGUAUCGUAUCUGGUAAAACUGUCUCCAAGGAAUCUUAUGACCCAUUAGAUAAGGUGGCUCCAGAGAAAUUGAAGAAAGUAUUGGACUUCAUUAAGUCUGAUUUGGAAGAUGCUGAGUCUGGUUAUGGAGAUAGAAGUGCAAGAUUUUAUUUGACCUUGGUGCUACCAAGAGAAGCUUGGCCAACAAAGAAUUAUGGCUGGUUGCAUGACUCUCACAUGGCUGCAGCAAUGCAUAUGUUUCACAGACGCUCCAUGCAAUCCCAGUCUCCAUUUUGUUCUCCUCGAAUUGCAUUCCUUGACCGCUGGUUUGUGAACUCAUGGGUUAAUGACUACAAAAAGUUUGGUGAGACAAAUGAGUUGCCAGAAUAUUUUAGCAUGGCUUUUACUGGAGAAUACCCAGCUGAAUUUGUCACGGGUAAGAAGUGGCUUGCAGAUGUUGACUCUCUCUUCCUCUGCCACCAUGUCAACGGCGACCACUGGGUUGCUCUUCACAUCGAUCUGCAGAAGGAGCUAAUACAUGUGUAUGAUAGCAUUCGAACUUGGGUGCCUGAUAAGAAGAUGCAAGAGGAGUGCAUGCCGUUUACGAAAAUGCUUCCUGCAUUGCUUAACAAGAUGGUCGAUCCUAAGUUGAGAACAAAGCCUCACAAAAAUUUCACCUACCGUAGGUACAAGAAGAUUCCCCAAAAUGACGACCCAUGAGAUUGCGGCCUGUACACUCUGAAAUACAUUGAAUGUUUAGCUCUGGGGUAUAAUUUUGUAGGCUUAAGUGAUCAGAUCAUACCAGCAAUGCGAUUGAAGAUGGCUGCAGAGAUUUAUGAUGAGGUGGCUAUGGAGGAUUAGGAAGUAUAACUUGUACUCUGCUUUUUUUUUGUUGCUUUUUUCUCGGAUGUAUAACUGUAGGUUUUUGCUUAUUUUUGGAUGGUAUUUUCUUGUUCUCGGAUGUGUAAUUUGGAUGUUUAACGUUGAUGGUUACUUUGUUUAAUUAUGGCUCGUCUCUUUCACAUUUUCAGCUCACUACAAAUUCUGGAAAAAGACAAACUAAAUGAAUCAUAAUGUAAUGAACAAAGUCCACUAAAUAAACUACGUAAUGUUGCACCAAAUUCAAUGAAAUAUAAUGACCAAAGUCUUCUAAACAAAAUAAUCGUAAUAUUGCACCACACAAAAUGCAAUAUAAUGACAAAAGUCUCAAACUAAAUCGAAAACUUAUCACUUAAGAGGACAUGUUGUAAAAUUAUGACCACUCUGGUUACAAAUUCGACAUGUGUGUUCCUUCCGUGGCCGCUUUUUACUUGCAACUUUCUCCAAAAUGGAUUUAUGUCUUGAUUUUUUUGGCCUUCCCGGUGGUUAGCGGACCUCAGGUGGUAAACAUAUCCUCUUGGCAAGCGCUUCUGGAAUUGGAAGGACGUCAUCUUUGGGCAUAACAGCUGUGUUGUACGCAUUGUACAGGUAUUGCUUCCGAUAGUAAUGAUGACAAAGUGAUAUACAUGACAUCUUUCUAGCUUCCGCAGCAGCUAUAGCAUGAGCACAUGGUAGCUUCUCCAAAUCAAAUCUACGGCAAGAACAUUUCUUCUCGGUCAGGUUUACAACAUGUAAAGACGAGACUCCUGUAACUUGUGACUGAUGAAUGUCUAUUGCUUGAACCUUUAGUAGAUUAGCAAUAGGUAUCCGGCCCUGCAAAUGUUAAAUCUUAGUAUACUAGCAAAUAGUCUAACAAAAAAUAUAACCUGAUUCAAAAUAUAUUACCUCCAACACCUUCUCUACACCUCGAGUAAGAGAGGUUUUCAUCAACUCAGCGUCAUGUUUUCUUGUUGCAA